AGAAACCCCGAUGCGAAGGGCGUCCGCUUCAGGCCAACGGCAUGGGCUUGACCGCCUCUGCAGCGAGCGACGCCUGCUGCACGCGCAAGCCUGCCGCUGCCUGCUGAGCCCCACCAAUCCUGUGGGGCGACGAGGGGUCUUCAUGGUGGAGAGGCCGGACCAACGAGGUCAUCUUCCCAAGUCCGGGGAACGAGCGACGUCACGACACGUCUUAAGAUGGACGGCGAGGCGUUCGUCGAAGGGGUGUUCCUGGUGAACGUUUUCUCGAAGUGCUUCACCACGAACCGUUGACGAUUAGAGCGCAUCAUCGAAGGGCGUGUACCGCACGCACUACACUGCUGUCGUGGAGCUUGAGGAAAGAUUUCACUCGCCCUGCAGCAGCAGUCGUCCCUAGGCUCAUCGCGCGUGCGUCCUUGCGUGUGGUUCUAAUGGUGUAACUGAUGUCCAAGCACGCUGUGGCUUGCGACAACGAGAGGUAUGAGAUAGUCACGAGUGCUGUAGUGAAAUUUGGUGGAUGUAGGUUGCAGCCCUCCUCUCUUGUUGGAAGUUAAUCAAGCACUUGGAUGCGCAUACAAGGACCGCGAGUGUUGCAGUCGCGAGCGGGUCGAACCGUAUCGUGGUGGCAUUGGAAACGAGAGAGCAAUGAGGAGAUGUACUACCCAGCUCACUAUUAGGCCCCUGCAAAAGGCAGACAAGGCUGAUGCCGAUAGCUAGUUUCAAAGACUGAGCUCUCUCGCGUUUUCCUCUUGCCGCGCACGAAUAUUUGACCAGUUUAUAUUCCAAUCGAUGCACCCGGCCGACCCCCGCAACAAUCCAAUUUUUGCCUUGUAGAAAGUACGAUCCUAUCAACGCGUUAUGAAGCAUGAGCGACGUUCGGUGGUGGACGGGGAUGACGAUCACAAAUGGAUUCCCCUUCAAGAGUCCCCGGUUAUCCCCGUGGGAUAAAUGAUGUACACCUUGGAUUACAAACAGGCCCGACC